ACGAGUCAAAGCCUCCGCCGGCUCUGACCGAUAUCCGAACUUUGACCGGCGCAGCCACUUUAUCUCGGAGGCGUAUCUUAUUCGCGCCCCGUACCAGAGGCGGCCGAUCUUCGUCGCCGGCGAGGCGACGCGUCGCUCGGGGAAAACGAUGGAACGGAAUCACCCGCUACAGAAAGCCGCGAGCUUUCCCCGUGCGCGUUUCGUCGUGGGGAUGUAAAACGCGACCGAUUUCACGUAACUCGGUGGCGAAUCGUUCCAAGGACCGACCGCCGCUCGGUGGUCAACGCGUUGUGAAAUUAACGCGCGCGCGCGCGCCAAAGAGAGAAGUAAAAAGUGAUACCGCCCUCGGAGAUAAUGCGAAACUCUGUUACCCGUGCGAAUUCGAAUCGGGUGUAAUUUCGUCCACCUGCCCCCCGCGAACGCGUUUCGAGGGCCCCGCGAUCGGUGGAAUUUGUGAGUGUGUUGUGACUCGGUGCUCGUGCCUCUGAAAUCGCUCGAUUUUCGAAGAGGUGCACUUUCGAAAAAAUGAUUUCCAAUCUAGUUUCGGUGAUCCUCGUUUCGCUCGUGGCCGUAGAUCAGGUCCGGGUUUCCUCGACGGAGUCGAAACACCGAGGACAAAAAUUCACCGUCAAAGAACUUUUGUCCACGAAAUUCCCAACCGUAAUCUCCGGUGACUUGGAUAUGGACGUCUGCAAAGCCGGCGGUUUUCUCGGCGAUAUUGCACUGCCAAAUAUUCAAUACGAAACAGAAUGGCGACAGCAAAAACUCAACAAAAGCUACCUAGAGGAGCUUGCGAAAUACAGAGAGGAGAUUCUAAACGAGGGUCUUCAGGUCGAGGAAGAAGGCCUCACUGAGGUUUUACAGUUCAAAAAGGAACACGGUGCCAUGUACGGAGUCGGAGGAGCGGAGCCGGAAAUGCCCUUUACGGAGGAAGUCGAUGGGAAGUCGGACGCCAUUAUGGUUGAUCGUAACGAGUACGAAGUCAGGAACGACUUCGUUGACGCCUUCGAAUUCAACCCGGCCAAAGACACGACCGACUCACCGAACGCCCGAACGACCGGUAAAACCGACGGCGAUUCGGCCAAGGGAUCGAGAAUAAGGCACGCCGAUCGCAGAGGAAAUAACGAUUACGUCGGCAGACCUAACGACGAAAUAUCGACGUCCACCGAUCGGCCGAUCGUCGUUCAAGGGCAAAGAAUUCGUCACGCUAAAAUUCACCCCGAAAACGAACGGGACCUACCGACCGCUACGACGUCGCAACCCGGAAUACCGGAAUCCGGAAACGGAGGGGAAAGAAAACGCCGCAGACGACAUCAGAGGCACAGACUCCUGCAGGUGAGCCGAGACCCGCGAAACCAGGAUACGCAGGACUCUUCGAACGAGGUCGUGUCCCUCCACGACCGUCGCCUACGUUCCAUAGAAUUCUACAACGAGCACAAGCCCAAAUAUCAGUUGAACAAUCGGGGCACCUCCCUGUCGAGAAUCGCCCUCAGAAGCAGAGCGAGGAGGGCGGCCACCGCCAGGAAGGAGAGGGUCUGGGAUCACGGGGUCAUCCCCUACGAAAUAGACGGGAAUUUUUCCGGCGCUCACAAAGCUCUGUUCAAACAGGCUAUGAGACACUGGGAGAAUUUCACCUGCGUAAAAUUCGUCGAACGCGUACCGAGGGAACACCCCAACUACAUCGUGUUCACGGAAAGACCGUGCGGCUGCUGCUCGUUCGUUGGAAAACGUGGAAACGGUCCACAGGCGAUCAGCAUAGGCAGAAAUUGCGACAAGUUCGGUAUCGUUGUUCACGAACUGGGACACGUCGUCGGCUUUUGGCACGAACACACGCGACCCGAUCGCGACCGUCACGUGCAAAUAAUCCGUGACAACAUAAUGAGCGGCCAGGAGUACAACUUCAACAAACUGACCGAGGAGGAAGUGAACUCUUUGGGUCUACCGUACGAUUACGAUUCGAUAAUGCACUACGCGAAGAACACGUUCUCGAGGGGCACCUAUCUGGACACCAUACUUCCGAUGGAGAGUAACGGCAAAAACCGACCGGAAAUUGGUCAAAGGAUACGACUGAGCGAGGGGGACAUCGCGCAGACUAAUUUAUUGUACAAAUGUCACAAAUGCGGGAGAACAUUUCAAGAUAACGCGGGAAGCUUCGGUUCCCCGCAUCAUCCGAAUGGAACACCGCCGCCCGAAGGCGAACGCUGCGAAUGGCGAAUAACCGCUACGCACGGGGAAAGAAUCGUCCUCAAUAUAACGUCGUUGGAUAUAUUCACCAGCGACUACUGCCGGAGCGAUUACAUCGAGAUCAGGGACGGUUAUUGGCACAAGAGCGCGGUUUUAGGUGGGUAUUAUCUCGAUCAAUGGAAAUUUUAUUGGAUGUCGCAAAAAAAAAAAACAAAUAAUCUUACCUCGUUCUUAUCGUUGUCGCGUUCCCGCGUUUCUCUCUCUCUCUCUUUCCCCCCUUUCCCGAAUCUUCCGACAGGAAGAUAUUGCGGAAGCGGGAAAAUUCAGGACCCGGUGAUAUCGACGGGAAGUCGUAUGCUCGUCACCUACGUGACGUCGGGUCGUCAAAAUUCUCACCGGGGAUUCACGGCCAAUUACGAAGCGGUUUGCGGCGGCGAAUUGGCGCUGGACGGCGUCGGACAUCUGGAGUCGCCCAACUACCCCGAGGACUAUCAGUCGAGCAAGGAAUGCGUGUGGAAAUUAUCGGUGCCGAACGAUUAUCAGGUGGCCCUAAAGUUUCAAUCCUUCGAGGUGGAGAAUCACGACAACUGCGUUUACGAUUACGUAGAAAUUCGCGACGGUCACAGCGCCGAUUCGCCCCUGAUCGGCGUCUACUGCGGCUACAAAGUACCGCCGGACAUAAGGUCGACGGGGAGCCAACUCCUCGUUAAAUUCGUCAGCGACGCGUCCGUCCAGAAGGCCGGUUUCUCCGCCACGUUCAUGAAAGAAUUCGACGAGUGCGUACUGAUCGACCACGGAUGCGAACACGAAUGCAUAAACACCCUGGGCGGUUACGAGUGCUCCUGCAAAGUUGGUUUCGAACUUCACUCCGACGGUAAACACUGCGAAGACGCUUGCGGCGGGGUGUUCGACGCUAGCAACGGGACGAUAACGAGUCCUUCGUUCCCGGAAGCGUAUCCGGGCAACAAGAACUGCGUUUGGGAAAUAAUAGCGCCGCCCCAGUACCGGAUAACUCUGAAUUUCACGCACUUCGAUCUCGAGGGCAACAACGUUUAUCAGCAAGAAUGCGAAUACGACUCGGUCGAGGUCCACAGCAAACUGGGCGACGACGUGUUGAGAAAACACGGGAUAUUCUGCGGCAGCAAAUUACCAUCGCUCCUUACGUCCGAAGGAAAUUCAAUGCGCGUCGCUUUCACGUCCGACAACAGUGUCCAGAAAUCCGGAUUCGCCGCUGUAUUUUUCACCGACAUGGACGAAUGCGCCAGCAACAACGGCGGCUGCCAACACGAGUGUCGCAACACCAUCGGAUCCUACCAGUGUUUCUGUCACAACGGAUUCACUCUGCACGAAAACGGUCACGGUUGCAAAGAGGGCGGUUGCAAGUACGAGAUAACGUCGGCGUCCGGCACGAUCACAUCGCCCAAUUACCCGGAACAUUAUCCGGGCAGAAAGGACUGCGUGUGGCACUUCUCCACCACACCCGGCCACAGGAUUAAACUGACUUUCCAGGUUUUCGAAAUGGAACCUCAUCAGGAGUGCGCCUACGACCACAUAGCCAUUUACGACGGCGAUUCUCCCGACAGUCAUACCCUCGGUAGAUUUUGCGGCAGUAAACUUCCUCAUCCGAUACUUGCGACGGGUAAUCAGAUGUACAUGGUUUUCAAGAGCGAUCCGUCGGUGCAAAGAAAAGGAUUCUUGGCGAGCCACACGACGGCCUGCGGCGGCCAUCUCACCGCGACCGAAACAACGAAGUAUCUCUACUCGCACGCCAAAUUCGGCGACAACAAUUACGACCACAGAUCGGACUGCGAUUGGGCAAUCGAGGCGCCGAUCGGGAAGAACGUUCAUUUUUCGUUCAAAUCAUUCGAACUGGAGGACGAGGGGAGCUGCGGUUACGAUUUCGUCGAGGUUUACUCGAGUUUGGAUACGUCGGGUCCGAUUUACGGAAAAUUCUGCGGAGACAGCAAUCCGACCGACAUUAUUUCAAUGAACGAAGCACUCUUGGUGCGGUUCAGAUCGGACGACACGAUAUCGAACAAAGGAUUUUCCGCCGUGUACUUUGCCAUCGACUCGCAAGACAGCGAAGAAAUACUCGAAGGGGGCGAAGACGAGGACGAUGAAAAUCUUUGAUUAACCGUAACCGUUCUCAGAGAAGACAAUGCUAUGAAAAAGCAGUAAAUCAAUAAUACGUCGUUUCUCUGUAAUCCAACUACGCGCACGUGUCCACGCCGGGGUAACGAUUCUCAUCCGACGGACGAAGAGGCGCUACGAUAAUAUAAUUGAACGAUCGCGUAAGCGACACGCGGUUGCUAAAACUAUAUUCAUUUUUUUAACAAACAACAACAACAACCCCCCACCUCGGAGAUCCGACGCUAUUUUCAUUAUAGCGAAAGAAAAGAAAUGACAAAAUAAAACACGUACUAGUACAUGGUAUAUAUAUACACACACACACACACCAACGUGAAAAGAAGAAGAAUGAAAAUUGUCUCGUUCGCAAAAAGGAAGAGAAGAGGAAACGAAAAGUAUACAUAACUAUCGCGUAAAACCCGUUUUCAACGAGACUGAGAACAAUUAUCAUUUUUUUCUUUUUUUUUUUCUCUCUCUUGACAAUGCGUGCAUGUGAAUGUUGUUUCGCGCAUAUAUUAUAUAUACAUUAUAUAUACAUGAACACUCUAUGCGAAUUGAAUAACAUGUCGUGAAACUGAUAUGUUGAAUAUUAAAUUAUAGUUAGUGAUUAUGAAUUGACAUAGAAGCGAAAAUAAAUAUAACAAAUAAAUAAAUAAAUAAAUUCAUGAUAAACUAAACGAAUAAAAUAAAUUAAAUAUUUAUAAGAGAAAAUAAUUAACGAUAAACGUAUACGUACGAUGUAUCUUUUAAGUGGAAUGGAAAAAAAACAAAAACAAAAAAAAGAAUAUAUAAUAAAAUUAAGCAAGACUAUAUUCGACUCUGCCAUAUUAAUUUUUUAGCAACGAGAGAAAAUUGUACAUUUUUUUUCUCUCCUUUGAAGUUCGCUCAAUAUUCUAAUACAUAUUUGUAAUGACACAAUGUGGGGUGAAUAGCGCGCGCCCGCGGGGCACCUCUAUUUUCUACGGCGGUUCAGCGCGCCAUGUUGUAGAAAUUUUAAUUUGACUUCUGCGCAAGAAAAAAAAAACCGGUCAAUUUUCGAACGCUCCGAACUUUUCGAACAGCCCACUCGAAUAAAUGAACUUUUAACGACGUUAAAACUCGAACAUUUUUGCUCUCAGACACGUCCGAUUAGAAUAUUUUUCCAUAUCUUCUAACUGCGGCGCAACGCUGUGAAUAUAUUAUAACAGUCGGAAUGCACUUGCAAGACAAAAUGACCGAUCUGACAAUCGAUACAAAAUUAUUUUCAUUCUUUUUUUUCCCAUAAACUGUCGUUAUCGAUGAUGGAGCGCUCGAAGAGACGGGAAAAAUAAUUAUACGAUAUCUCAAAUUCCAGGAUAUUUUAUCAGAUACCGGAUAUUAUAAUAUUACCUCGACGGAAAAUGUGAUUAUUUCAAUUAAAACCGGAACGUCCAAUUUCUGCCAAAACCAAAAAAAAAUAAUAAUAACAACAACGCCUACAUAACGAGGAUAACGUUGAAAUAACUACCGAUAUCGUCAUAGUAAUCCUAAGAGGAAGAUAAUAAUAUAUAAUUGUAAAUAAAUAAUUAAUUAAUUACCGAGAUACUUACGCUGAAUUAAUUGUAACAAAAUAAUUAAUCUAUCAGUGUCGUAUGUAUACAAUAUAAUGUAACGUUUGCGUAUCAACGUAUUAUUGAAAAUUUUCUGUGCGUUUCAAAAAACGAAUUUCUAAUUUUAUCCCGAAAAAAUAAUUUUGCCAUUCGCGAAUAAUAAUUUGUCACCGAUUCGAUUUUUUGCUUUUAUUUCCAAUGAAAUUUUGUCAACCCGAUAACGGCGAUCGGGAUACAAAAACCGUAGAAAAUAAGGACGAUAAAAAGAAAUUGAAAUUGAAACUCGAUCCUGCAGACUAUAUUGUAAUUGUUAUAUCGAAUAACGUGAACUCAUAUUAAGUAGACGUAAAAUUAUGAAUAAUUCCAAUAAUGUAUUCCUGUAAAAUUUAAAAAACUCCAAACUAAUUGGUGUCCAUCAAAAGCUCUGUAUAGUAAUAAAGGUAUGAUAAUAAAUAUGAUAAACGUGA